CUGCUCCUCCCGCGGCGCCAGCUGAGCCAGAGGCGGCCGCCUGCAUCUCCCCUUCUUCCUGCAGCUGCCGAGCCGGGGCCGCUCCCGGAAUUACUCCGGCUCCAGUCACAGCGGAGAGGGGGCCCCAGCCAGAUUUCUAUGAGCUGCAGAGUCAAUAAAGAAAUGUCCAUCCUAAGGUGAUGCUUGCACCUCAUUGACUUGACUACAGCGUUUUCAACAGAAAUUGAAUAUGGCCUAGUAGGAUUGACCUUUGGAGAAUUUAUGAUGUCCUCCAGUACUAGUAGAAGCAAGAACCGGCAGGCUGUGAGCCUGCAGGGAGUUGACCCAGAAACGUGCAUGAUAGUGUUUAAAACGCAUUGGGGACAGGUUGUAAAAAUCUUAGAGAAGCAUGACCCUUUGAAAAAUACUCAGGCGAAAUAUGGGGCAAUUCCACCAGAUGAGGCCAGCACUGUGCAGAAUUAUGUGGAGCAUAUGCUUUUCUUAUUAAUUGAGGAGCAAGCAAAAGAUGCUGCAAUGGGGCCUAUCCUUGAGUUUGUGGUCACAGAGAACAUAAUGGAGAAACUCUUCCUUUGGAGCUUGAGGCGGGAGUUCAACGAUGAGACAAAAAUUGAGCAGCUGAAGAUAUACGAGAUGCUGGUUACUCAGUCCCAUCAGCCUGUGCUGCACCACAAGCCCAUCUUGAAGCCUUUGAUGAUGUUGCUGAGCUCUUGCUCAGGAACAGCCACACCAGCUGUGGAGUUGGAGCUGGCUGUCCUGCUGAACCAACUCUGCUCUAUCCUAGCCAAAGACCCUUCCAUUCUGGAACUGUUUUUCCACACCAGCGAGGACCAGGGAGCUGCCAACUUCCUCAUUUUUUCCCUUUUGAUUCCCUUCAUCCAUCGGGAAGGAACAGUAGGUCAGCAGGCUCGUGACGCUCUGCUCUUCAUAAUGUCCCUGUCAGCUGAGAACAACGUUGUUGCAAAUCACAUAGUAGAAAACACCUACUUUUGUCCUGUACUGGCAACAGGACUGAGUGGUCUCUAUUCAUCUUUGCCUACAAAGCUGGAAGAAAAUGGAGAAUGGCACUGUCUGCUGAAAGAUGACUGGCUCCUGUCCCCAGCUCUUGUUCAGUUCAUGAAUUCCCUAGAGUUUUGCAAUGCAGUAAUACAGGUGGCACAUCCCUUGAUUCGUAACCAGCUUGUGAACUACAUUUACGAUGGGUUUUUGGUGCCAGUAAUGGCUCCUGCACUCCAUAAGGUAACUGUGGAGGAGGUAAUGACUACAACUGCAUACCUGGAUCUCUUUUUGCGCAGUGUUUCAGAGCCAGCUCUACUCCAGAUUUUCUUGCGUUUCAUCCUGCUGCACCAGCAUGAGAAUGUGCACAUCCUAGAUACGCUCACGAGCCGAAUCAACACUCCAUUUCAGCUCUGUGUGGUAUCUUUGGCAUUGUUCAGAACACUCAUCGGCUUACAUUGUGAAGAUGUGAUGUUACAGUUAGUUUUAAGAUAUCUGAUCCCAUGUAAUCACAUGAUGUUGAGUCAAAGAUGGGCUGUGAGGGAAAGAGACUGUUAUUCAGUAUCUGCUGCUAAACUGCUUGCUUUGACCCCUGUCUGCUGCUCUACUGGGAUUACGCUGACUGUUGAAAACCAAGCAAAAGAUUACAUUUUAUGGACAAAGGCCACACCCGGUGCAGGUUCUUGCAUAGGCUAUUGCGAAUCCAUGUGCAUUGUGAAAUACGGAAGAGCUGUGGACAUCAGUUACCUGCAGUACCUGUGGGAAGCUGAAGCCAUCAUUCUCCACUGCAUGAAAGACUGCCGGGUUUGGUCUGCCCCAUAUAAUGGGGAAGACCCUGACCCAGACACCUUUAUCCAAACGCUGGCAGAGGAGAACAGUAAAAAUGUGGAGCAUCCUAUGUUCCAACUCCAGCAGCGAACUUCCAGUAACGGCAGCUCCUCUCAAAUUACUCCACUGGGAGAGAAGAUACAGAUGGAGCUGGAAUGGGAUGACAGCUACGACACAGGGAUUUCUCCUGGGUCUGAUGUGAGCUCACCCCAGCCUUAUGAUGAUCUAGGGACUGUAGAGAGACAACUGCCUGCAGAGCCACCAAAGCACAUUCAAGAGAUGAAGAAGAAUGCAAUCAUGCUUGUCAAAGGGUCUUAUAUAGAAGAAUCAGAUUUUCAGGAUGAUGUCAUGGUUUACAGGUUAUGUGCCCAAAAGGAUGCUCAGGAUGAUGACAAUUCCAAGGAGGAAACUUUAAGUACAGCAACUGAAUCUCAAAACACAAUUCAAAGCCAGCCCAUUAAGAGGUCUUUGAAAAACUCGCAUCCAGACACAGAUUUAAAGGAACACAAUAGGAAAAAUUCUGGUUUGCCUCAGGAUACAAAGGAACAAAUAAACCAGAAAGCUGUUGAAACAGACCCACAACCAGACUUAGAGCUGAAACUCUCUCCUCCAGAAGCAGAUCAAAACUCAAAUGUGAGGCUGCUGAGCCCAGAUAGUGAAGAAUUCAUUGCACAAUAUGAAAAAAUUAUUGAAGAACUGGAUUCUAACACAAAAGGCUUGGAGGAGCAGAAAUUGCUGACACCUGAUCCUGUAUCUCCAGUAGAAGAGGAGGAGGACUUCGAAAAUUUUUCAGUGGAAACUCCCUCUACAGAAAGUACACUGUCUCCAUUUGGGCCAAAGGAGGAUACAUUUUCCAACCAUCCUGCAAGGAGCCAGAAUGCUGCAUUUACAGGGCCAUUUAUCAGCGUAGUGCUGUCAAAGCUGGAGAAUAUGUUGGAGAAUUCCUUGCAUGUUAACUUGCUGCUCAUUGGGAUUAUUACUCAGCUGGCCAGUUACCCACAACCGCUUCUUCGUUCCUUUCUGCUCAAUACCAACAUUGUAUUGCAGCCUAGCGUACGGUCAUUAUAUCAGGUGCUGGCAUCUGUGAAAAAUAAAAUAGAGCAAUUUGCAUCCAUCCAAAAAGAUUUUUCAGGUCUUCUUAUACAGGCCCAGCAGUACUUGCUUUUCCGAGCGGACAUGUCUGAUGUGGCUCCAGAUUUACUAACCAAAGAGAACAUCCAGCACAACAGCAGCACAGGGAAAGGAAGAAAUCUUUCUGAAGCUUCCCAAACCCUGCUCCAGCCUUUCUUGGGACACAGAGCAAAGAGAGUAACGGCUCUUCCUGGCAUUCCCUUGCCUGUGAGGAAUGCCGUGCUUGCAGCUGCCCUUUUCCCAGAGUUUCUGAAGGAGCUAGCAGCUCUUGCACAGGAACAUUCCAUCCUGGGUUACAAAAUACCGGGUGAUGUGGACGAUUAUUACUAGUGUCAUUAAGAUUUUUUUUCCUAAUAGAAUUAGAUUUUUAAAUGCAAAGCUGCUUACAAAAGAAAGUUCUACUUUGAUACUUCCUGACAAUACUUGAUCUGGGGGGAAAAAAAUCUCAUUCCAUGUUACCUUUAUAUUGGGCCUUAUGACUUCCAACUGUGCAACAUACUAAUGAUAUAUUCCUGAGGGGCUCUUAUUUCAAAUGUGUACCCCUCUUCCGUUGUGCAUCUACACAACUUCCUUUACCUCAAUGCUCCAGUUUUCAAUUCUGGUCUAGAAAAGUGGGUUGCCCAGUGGGAGAAAUAUCUGAUACGUAAAUAUAUAUGAAAACUGCACAAAAUUGGUCAAAUAAGCCUUCUGUGUUAAAGGCCAAGAUUUUGGGGGGAGGGAGGGUGUUGUUUGCUUUAUUUUUAAAAGGGGAGUCUACAGUCCCACCUCUGAAAUCCCCUUUACCAAUGGCUGGGGUUGUGAAUCCAAGUGGUCUCGUGUUCUAAGUGCAUGACUAGCUGAAAGCAGGUGCUGUACCCAACACAUACCGUAUUGCCUUAUGUUGCAAACAAAUCUGCAGCUCUCAGCUGUUGAUCUUUUGAAGUCAAAUGAAAUGUAUAAGUGGAUGUAGACUGCAGACUGCUUGGAAUUUUCCUUGCAGUUUCGCAGCGUUCUUUGAUAAUUAUUCUAGUGCUACCUAAAAUCUCAAGCAAGCCUUAUUUAGUAAGAUUUGCACAAAGUACAAAGCGAAAUGUUUCUAUGCAAGGUCUAACAAAUUUGUAGAAGAAAUUUGUUUGUGUUCUUCUAUUGAUAAGCUGAAGAAAAGUAUUCAGUAUCUUUCAGUAGUGUUAAAAGGGCGACUCCGUUAAGUACUGCUUUUUAUGAAAAAGGACAGCUUGCCUCUGAAAAGGGGUUUUAAUUUUUUUUAAAUGUCAUUUUGGUUAAGGAAAAACAAAAUGGCUACAUGUAAAGAGAAACUAGUUAUUUAUUUUUAAGUUAUGUGCUAGCUUUGCCUAAUAUUGCACUUUCAGGGUAAUGGGGAGGAAUGUACAGUAGUUGGAGAGGAAAAAGUAACAGGGAUAACUGAAAACUGUUUGCUAGUGACUAACUGCUUAAGAAAAUUCUCUUCUGUGAGUAAUGAGGUUCGUUAGAAGAACCCAAACAUGAUGAAUUGGUGCAUCACCGCUGCAUUUCGUCUUACUCUUAGUGGCAUAAUUGUGCUUCCAGUGCUAUACUUUGCUCUACGUGAAUGGGGGCUCAGUUCAUGAAAGCCUUAAUGCUUCCCCUUUCUACUUCAAGGAAACUAAAACAACCCAAAAGCACUGGAAACCGGAGGUAAGAAUGAUAUUAAAGCAGUUUUUGUUAUGCUGCUGGUUAUAAUUCCCCAAUACUGAAAAGCCCCAUUUUAUAACUUCCCCAAUUUCAAACAUGUUAUCUCCACUUAAGGAAUGUAAAUGAAAAGCCUAUAAAAAGAAAGAUCAGGUAAAAUUUUGUAAAGUACCUAAGUGACUUAGGAGCUGAAGUCCCAUUAACUUGGUCACAGGGGGGUAUGUCUAGAUAGUAGUUAAACACUUGCAGCUGUCCGAGGCUUGGGCUGCAGGCUUACAAAGUUGCUGUGUAGAUGUUUGGGCUUUAAGUUAAGCCUGAGCUCUGGCUCGGGGGUGGGGUGGGGGUGGAAGGGUCCCAGAGUCCAGGCUCCCGUUUGAGCCCGAAUGUCUAGACAACAUUUUUUAAUCCCACAGCCCGAGCCUGAGUCAGCUGCCCCAGGCCAGCCACGGGUCUUUUAUUCCAGUAUAGACAUACCCAUAGGUGGUUUGAAAAGUGCACCCAUCAUCCAUAGCAGGGAGAGGUACCGUAGUGCCUGACUACAUUAAGUCCUGUCUGUAGGAGACACUAAAAGUCCUAAAGUAGAUCUGUAGAGAUUGCCACCUGCAAAUACUUCCCUGGGCCUGCCAUCACUUGUCUGUCUAGGUAUCUGUAAUGUACUCAAUUCUGUGGUAUCUGACCACCAGCUUCUUUCCCUCACAGCCUUGACUGCUGCCGCUCAGCCCUUUGUGCUCAGGCCCACAGGUCACUUUCUUUUCUGUUGCUUCUGCUCCAUGCAACUCUUUACCUGUCAGAUGCAAUUCCACCAAACCACCCUCUAGCCUCCUUGCAGCUGCUCCCCUCAGCACCCAUUAGAUUGCCUUUUUUUAAAACUCAUUUAAUUUAGAAAUGAGAGAAUUCCUCUACUGAUUCCAUUGCUGCUGGAGCCAUGGCCAACCACCAGCCUCAGGUCCCUUUCCUUCUCCUAGCAGCUGGUAGGUUCUUCACUCUCACACCCCUCACCUUAGAACUGUGGUUCAUGCCUGUUCUCUCAUAGAUUAGUCCUCAGGGGAAGAGAGAGAUGGCGAAGCAUCACUUACCACAGUGCUCCAGCCUAAUCUGGGCUGGGUCAGUGGCUGCUGAACUCCUUAAGCACUGAUCUAACCUGUUCCCAUGUCUUCAAAGCAUAGCCACUACCUUCUAGCAAGAAGCUGAUGUGUAUGCUUUAAAAUGGACUAAAUACACGUAAUACUAAAAUAAGCAAACUUCAAUGAGUCAUAACCAAGUGGGGAUUUACUCCCAAGAAACCAUCCACAUUUUUAAACUGUUAAUGGGGUGAAUUUAUUUGGUAAUUCUCCAUUUCUUUGCCUUUAUGUUAAUGGUCUGAUUUUAACUUUUUUGUGAACUGUUUAGGAGUGGUUUCAUUUUAAAUGUGCUUACUCAUUACAAUAGUCUGUUCUGAAGACAAAGGUAGAUGGAGACCUUAAAAUGUGGACUGUGCAAACUAGAUCUAAGUUUUCUGGUUUUGACCUAGUAAACUGUAAUGGUUCCAAAGGAGUUAUUCCAGCCUACCACAUUAGUGAGCUUUAAAAAACCUACAGUGUGCAGAGGAAUUCGUACUGACAAGUCAUUCCACUGUAUGUGCACAAGGUAUGCUUUAAACAAAUGAAAACUGUCUGUCACCUAUCUAAAAGGAGAGACCAUAUUAUGGACUUGUAAAUUUGGCAACUGAUUCCUCAAUUUUUGAGAUAUACAAAGGAAAUAGCAUAUGUUUGGUCAGUUUAUACUCAAACUCUAAACUGUCCAAAUAAAGAUUCAAUAUACAUUAUAGGACUUCUGGUCUGAGCUAGCAUAGGCAGGGUUUCAGUGAGGGCUGAAUUACAGAACCAUAACCUCCAGCAUCCUGAGAAAAAAAUGAACUAUGAUAUUGGUUCUUCCUACCGUCAAUGUGUAGAGCAAACUACAUGUAAUUUAGCAUGAAAAGGGUGGUUGUUUCAUUAUCAGAGCCUCAGAUUAAUAAUCCUUUCUUGUGGAAGUCCUUCAUCCGAAUGCUGUUUAAUAUGCUGCUUCUUUCAAAUUGGACUGAUCUGGAACAGAAAUCAAGACCUGAUUCUGAUCUCUGUUACACUGGUGGUGAGGAGGAAAAUCAGACCCGAGGAGGGUUAGUUUUUUUUAUUAAAAAGGUUGCCCUUCUUUUAGUACACUUAGAUACAGUCCUUCAAAGUAUCUGCUGUUCACCAAUUGCUUUUAGUAUUUAAUAUUUCAUCGGGGUUUGUCACAUCCUGUGGUGAAAGCGGAAUGCAUUCACUUAGUGUCAUUAUGCCUGUUUGGUGAAUGCUACCUUGUUGGAUAAUCUUUUUGUGUUAAAGACAGACAGGUAAGAUUGAUCCAUUUAACAAAACUGGUUUGUUUUUAAAACUUGGGUAAAGACACAGGUAAUAACACACUUACACCUAGAUUUCACCAGUUCCAACCUGGGCAAUAGUGGCUAAAAGGAUUUGACAGCUCCUUGGCGUAUGUGCAGUGAGAGCUUUCUGCCCACUCCCUAGGGACACAACUGGCAUGUUCAGCACAGAACGAGGGUUUACAUUCAAGCUGCCCUUCUACUGCUAGCAGUAGGUCUUCCAUUACAAGGCUGAAGCGUGCACUGCCAUUGCCUGUGCUGGCAUGCCUCUGGAUAAACAGAGGACUUCAUUCUCCAGUGUUGUCAAUUCAGCACCUUUCACAAGCAUUAAAAAAAAAAAAAAUCUCUAGGAUGGGAGAGGGGAAAAAAAGAGCAGUCUUAUUUGGUGCAGUUAAAUGAUGUCACGCCUUUUACUGUAUUACUUUGAAUUGUAGCCAGAGCUACAAAGUCAUUACUGCUUACUGUGCAAAUCUUCUUUUAUACAUUGAUUAUAACAUAGUUCCUCUUUGAGGGCAGCUUGAUUUAAUAAGCAAUUUACUGUGCCGUACUGACUGAAAUUACUAUGUCAUGCCUACAGUUUUUAUGAAGGCUGCAAUUCUUACAUUUGUAAUAUUUAGACCUCAGCUACAAUUGCAAGUAAUGUAGCACUUUUACCCAUGCUAGUUCUGGCACAAUACAGUAGUGUCAUGCUGUCACUGUCUAAAUUUGAUUUAGGUCAUUACAAGAUGUCCUUGGUUGCACCUUUUGGGCUUUAGCAAUAGAAAUACAUUAGAUAGAAGAUGACCUCAAUUACCAAAAACUAAGGUAAAACAACACAGGCUGGCAGUGUGGUACUCACUUCAGUGUGAAAUACAGACAGACCUGAAAUUUGUAUUACUCUUGUUUGUCACAAGCAGAAAAAAAGUCAUAUAGUGGCCCUGUGUCAAGGACCAUUACUGUAAAAAUAAAAAUAAGGGAGGGUAAAAAUUACUCCUUGUUAAUGUGUUUUUAGAUUUCAAGUAAUGUGGUGAUAGGUGCCAUCACAAAACCCUAAGAUUGCUAUGGUACGUAUUUAAUUUAUAACUUCAUUAGCUACACAAGCUCAGAUUAAUAACUUUCUUUGAGGGAGGUCCUGCUUUUCCAAAUGUGAUCUAGCAUAUUUUUUGUUUUGUUGUUGUAUACUGGUUGAAGACAUUUAUGAAUAGGAGUAUUACUGUGUCAAGUACAUAUGCACUUUAAUUGAGUUUUUGAUCCUCUGGCCUCUAAGGGUUGCUGGGAAGUCAUUACUGCUUACUGAGCAAAUCUUUUUAUUAUUUGAUUAUGACAGUUUGUGUGGCAGCUGGAUUAAGGCCUAAAACCCUUUAUAGAACUUGUGCAAAGGCUGCGUUUCUGAACAAAAUAAUUUUCUUUGCCAAAGUUAAAGUGCCCAUGUAUACUUGUGUUUUUGAUAUAUUAGCUUUGAGAGUUUUUGAUAUCACUAAUAUUUUAUUGCAAUUUGCUUAAAAAUAACCAAGUGGAUCUAGGCCAAAAAAUAAUGUAGCUGGGUUAAACCUAGGUCUAAAUGCUACUCUGUCAGCUUGGCUAGCACCCACACCGAAUGCCAGCUCCUCUCUAAUGGAAAGAUGUGGCCUUUAGAGACUACACGUCUCAGCGCUCCAGCUUGAGCCAAGAGGCCGUAUCGCUGCUGGACACAACUCUGUUAAGAGUGAGAGUGACAUUCAGUUUACCAACUCCAGCAAUAGUUAGUUUUCCUUAAAGCUCCAGCUCAGAGUAUUGUGAUUAAAUUAAAGCAAAUUUGCACAUAGAAGUUUCUGGCCCUCAAAUUUAGAGAAGCUUGAAUCUUCAGCCUUCCUGUUGAGUUUGGUGGCAGAAUUUUAGCGAAGUCCUGCUGGGAGCCUGCACCAGCAUAUUGCUCAUUCAAACUUGCUUUUCUUUUCUUUAAUAUUGCAUACCCCACCCUCCUCCAAAGUCACAGAAUCAGGCUACUGUCUGCAAGGACAGUGAUUUGAACCCACAAUUUAUGAGGAUAGAGGGCUGCUUGAAAAAAAAAAAAAUCUCUUGGACACUUUGCCUGCAUUCUGGCCCUGUUCUACCUUUUUUGUACUACUUGGGUUUCAAAAAGCAGGUAGAAAAAAAAUCAGCUUUGCAGUUUAGCUGGGAAUCCCUAGCUAGUAUAGGGCCACUCUUUGCUUUCUAACCGCUUCCCCUGCCCCAGGACAUUAACAAGAGAAGAGGGGAGGGCUGCUUCAGUAAUCCUUCCAAGUGCAACUUGAAGUUAUCCUGAGGCUGUUGUACCAGGGCCUAAAUCAGCCCUCAACUAGCCAUAGGAGUAGGGAGGCAAAGGUGAAUCCAGUGCAGCUUGCCUGGACCUGUGGCUUUAAUAUAUAUUGCCUCAUUUAUAACAUUAACAAUACAAUUCUUCCUUGGGCAUUUAAAAUGUACAGCCAACCAGAUCCGUGCUAUAUCUGAAAAGAUCAAUUGUGACCUCCUUGCUGCUGUAACUUGGUUUUCUCUUGAAAUAGAAUGUUAUGAACUUCCUGUCAAUCAUGAAAACAGCCAAGGGCAAAAGUUUUGAUGUGCUGCUCUGUCUCCUUUCUUGAGCACCCUGAGAUUAUAGCUUUAAACAAAAAAUGAAGGAGGGUAUUUGUUCACGUGAGAUGCCACUUUACACAUACAGCACACACCAAAGGCCAUAAGUCUGAGAGGCAGCUGCUGCACUUAGUGACUGUGGAAGUCUGUAUAUUACAAAGGGCUGCUCAGCACAGAAAUAAGAUUAUUACACUAGAAUAUCACAGCAACUACUUAAUGUCCUGGGAAAGGGUUCAAAUUACAUUAACCGUCACAAGUAGAAUACCUAACCUGUAAUGAAAGUUUCCAUCAGACACCUCUAUAACAUGGAUCAACUUAAACUCUGCUGUGAAACUUUGCAGCCAGGGCUGAUAGCUAAAGGUUGUCUUUCCUCAUUACUCCCACAAUGCCAGAAAAAAUAUUUUGUCAGUUUCUCCCUCCAAACCCCAAAUGCAGGAUAACUACUGCUACACACGUAUAAUCAAUGCCCCCUGCCAAAAGCUUUUACACUCUAUCUGGUAAGAGCCCACAUGUUUAACUACCUCUCUGUCCAUUUGGAUGAGAUUGUAAUGACUGUAUGGCGUCAACUUUUAUACAUUGGUGAAAUUUCUCUCUGUAAGCUGAAGGGCCAAAGGAAAUUCUCUCACAGGCUGUGUACUAAAUUAACACUGAGGAUCUGGAUGAAACUGUCUGUAACUCACCCUGCCUAACAGUUGGAGCACAUCAGCUCAGUUGAGGGCUUCAGUAGCGAACUGAUACCUGAGUUAAGGGCAGAACUGGAGCCUUAAUUCAAGGAAGACCUAUUUUGUGUCCUUUGUACAAGCCUUGUGACAGCCCCCCUACAUUGCUCACUCCAUAGACAGUCUGCACCGUCACCCCACAACACCCAUCCUAUGUUUCGUAUUUGUCCGAUAGUUUAACUCCUUGAGCAUGUAGCGGAGUUGUCUCUCUGUAGGGAACAAAUUUUGGGGGAGUUUAGACUUUGCCCUGAGCUUUUUGGUAGGGAGCAGGAGAAUCAUUCUGGCCAUUUUUAACUGGAUGUUUUAUGUUCUGCUCAGAGGGGCACAAAGGCUGGGGUGUAGGCAGGAUAGCUCAAUCAAGUUAGCUGAAAGUGAACAAAAAGCACUUAACACUCAAACAGGAUAACAAAGUCUAUGAGUCUAAGGUCAGAAGGGACCAUUAUGAUCAUCUAGUCUGACCUCCCGCAUGAUGCAGGCCACAAAGCCGUCCCAAUCCCUUUCCCUUGACUCUGCUGUUGAAGUCCCCAAAUCCUGUGGUUUAGAGACUUCAAGUAGCAGAGAAUCCGCCAGCCAUGUCGAAGCAUAAGCUUCCCUCCAUCCCGGCUAACACUGCUUUAGACAUGAUAGCCAGCAUCUUAAUGCACAUGCAAAGGACUUCAUACACAUUAAGAUCUGAUUCAAAAAGCUUAGCCUUUUUGAUUGUCAGUCAAACUCCUGAAAAUAGUUUUUGUUCCUAUGCAAAAUGUUGGUUUAAAAAUUCAGCAAGUGAGGAGUCCAUAAUAUGAUUUCAGGUAUCAGAGGGGUAGCCAUCUUAGUCUAGAUUUGUAAAAAGCGACAGAGUCCUGUGGCACCUUAUAGACUAACAUACAUAUUGGAGCAUAAGCUUUCGUGGGUGAAUAUUUACUUCGUCAUAAUAUGGUUGAAGAUUUUUAACCUGUGUCCUUCUGUCUGCUUCUAAUACAAGGGAAGAGUUUGUUAAACUAGAAGUGGAUAAUUGUAUGUGCUGCCUUCCUUGGUCUCAAUUGUAUGUGUGGCAGGUAACGUUGAAAGCAGGUUGAGAGUUACAGUAAUUGCUAUUUUAAACUUAAAGAUCUAAUGUUGUAUAUUCAUAGAACUUGUCCAUUUUCUACCCUAUUACGUAAUUGCCUAGAACAAAAUGGCUUUGAAAACAGGUAACCAUUAAAGAUACUUACCAACAGUAGUCUUGCUAUGGUAUCUGAGAUCCUUCUAUUUUAAGUAUAGAGCAGUUACUUCUCUCUCUCUCUCAGAUAAGGAGGUAAGUGUAACACACAUCCCACUCCAAAGCUGCCCAACAAAAAGCAUUAAUAAUACAAGAGGACAAAACCUUCUGGAAAAGGCAGGGUUGGUUUGUUUGUUUGUAAAGGUAAAGAAUAGGCUUAAAACACAUGGACUCAUAAAAUUCAAACUUUAUGCAGAUGCUCAGUCCAUAAUUCAGUCUUGUGCCUUUUGUUUCCUCCCACAAUGGCAGGAGUUAAGGGCAGAGCAUUAAUCUAACAAAUUCAAAGUUCAGUGUAUAUUGAGGUUUGUGUCAUAACCAUUUAUUAUCUGGAUGUGUUUUGUAAAAUUGAUUGAAAUUUAGCACUCUGAACAAAGUCAUGGAACAAAACAGGUGCCACUAAGUAAAAGAUAAAAUGGUGGUUUUGCUCAGAUGUGACAAAAUGAUAGUAAAGCCUUUGUUUGAAUGUCAGUUUAAAUGCACAUUUUUUUAAAAGGUCAAUGUCGGUCAUUGCAAAAUUCAGAAUAAAUCUUAGUUUUCAGACAAAACAGGCAACCUAACAUUAAUGCUUUUUGUCGGCUGCACAACCUUUUAACUAACUUAUUUUUAUGUGAACAAUGGGUACACAUUUUAUUCAAUAAAUAUAUUUGAAAACUC